CUAAAAUAACAACAAAAAACGAAAUAAAUAAAAAUAAAGAAGAGGAGAAGGAAGAAGGAACGAAAGAAGAAAGAAGAAAGAGGAGCUGUUAAAAAUGGAAGUGUCUUCAAAUCACCAUCAAACAUCUCCAACUAUAAGCUACGUUUGCCUUUGUUUUCUCUUUUCCAUCAUUUUCCACCAACUGUUAAUUAAGAAUUGAUGAGGGAUCAGUGGAUGACGAAAAGGCAGUGAAGUUAGUGUGGGCGGAAUUGUGGUUGUUUCAUGGGCAAUACAUGCCGUGGAUCUUUCAAAGGGAAAUAUUUUCAGGGCUACAGCCAGCCCGACGAACGUUCAGGUACCACUUCCAAGCGCGACACCCCUUCUGAGCGCUCCGUUUCCGACCACUCUCCUCCUAGCUUGAAUUCCCAACAGCUUCUUGCCCAAGAGUUCUCCAAAGAAAAUCCCAUAAAUCACAACCUUUUACCCGAUUUUAGUCCCACCAAAAAGGAAGCCAUCAUGAAGCGUUGCACCGAUAACCAAUCUUAUUAUGUUUUGGGUCAUAAGACCGACAACAUUCGUGAUCUUUACACGUUGGGUCGUAAACUAGGACAGGGACAGUUCGGGACAACUUAUUUAUGCACCGAGAAUGCCACCGGAAACGAGUAUGCGUGUAAGUCAAUCUCAAAGAGGAAGUUGAUUUCUAAGGAGGAUGUGGACGAUGUUAGGAGAGAGAUUCAGAUAAUGCAUCAUUUGGCGGGUCACAAGAAUAUAGUGACCAUCAAGGGUGCUUAUGAAGAUCCCUUGUAUGUGCAUAUUGUGAUGGAGCUUUGUGGCGGCGGCGAGCUGUUUGACCGGAUCAUCCAGAGGGGACAUUACACUGAGAGGAAGGCUGCUGAAUUGACAAAGAUCAUUGUUGGUGUUGUUGAAGCUUGUCACUCGCUUGGUGUUAUGCAUAGAGAUCUAAAGCCUGAGAACUUUUUGUUGGUUAACAAGGAUGAUGAUUUCUCUCUCAAAGCCAUUGAUUUUGGGCUCUCUGUUUUCUUCAAGCCAGGGCAAGUUUUCACUGAUGUGGUUGGAAGCCCAUAUUAUGUCGCACCCGAGGUACUUCUCAAGCAUUAUGGGCCAGAAGCAGAUGUAUGGACAGCAGGGGUCAUACUGUAUAUAUUGCUAAGUGGUGUGCCACCAUUUUGGGCAGAAACGCAGCAAGGAAUAUUUGAUGCGGUGUUGAAGGGACAUAUUGACUUUGAAUCAGACCCAUGGCCCCUAAUAUCUGACAGUGCAAAAGACCUAAUCCGGAAAAUGCUGUGUUCUCAACCUUCAGAACGUUUAACUGCUCAUGAAGUUUUAUGCCAUCCAUGGAUAUGUGAAAAUGGAGUUGCUCCUGAUAGAGCGCUGGAUCCAGCUGUGCUGUCUCGUCUCAAGCAGUUCUCUGCAAUGAACAAGUUAAAGAAGAUGGCUUUACGGGUUAUAGCUGAAAGCCUUUCUGAGGAGGAGAUUGCUGGUUUGAGAGAAAUGUUUCAGGCAAUGGAUACCGAUAACAGUGGUUCGAUAACAUUUGAUGAACUGAAAGCUGGUUUGCGAAGAUAUGGCUCUACCUUGAAAGAUAUAGAAAUACGUGAUCUUAUGGAUGCAGCUGAUGUGGACAACAGUGGGACUAUUGACUAUGGGGAAUUUAUAGCGGCAACAGUUCAUCUUAACAAACUAGAACGUGAGGAACAUCUUAUUGCUGCAUUUCAGUACUUUGACAAGGAUGGAAGCGGUUACAUUACAGUUGAUGAGCUCCAGCAUGCUUGCGCAGAACAUAACAUGACUGAUGUAUUUCUUGAAGAUAUAAUCAGGGAGGUCGAUCAAGAUAAUGAUGGAAGAAUCGAUUAUGGUGAAUUUGUUGCUAUGAUGCAAAAGGGAAAUGCUGGAAUUGGAAGACGAACUAUGAAAAACAGUCUGAAUUUGAGCAUGAGAGAUGGACCUGGUGCUCUAUAGCUCCCAGCAAGUUUAUCAUAUCAGGUUGUACAGCAAGACAGAAGAAAAUUAGUGAUGAAGCUUUUGAGAAACAAUUUUGAUUCCUCCCCGCUCCCGAAACCGCAUCAUCGUCUCACAGAAGAUUUUGGUCUUGGAGGUUGUAUGCUGGGAAAUUCUAUUUGAUUGAUGCUGUAUGACUGAAAGAAUUAUGUAUAAGCGCUGUAGACUUAAAAAAAGAGUGUGGAUUGUUUCAUCUUUUCAAAUUGCCGAAUUAUUUGGUGCUCUUUUCACUUGGGGGUUUCUGUUUAUAUUUGAAAGAAAAGGGAUAUGAUUUACGGAUAAUGUCUCUUUACUUCAGGCUUUGCUUU